AUGGAAAUCCGUGCUUUAGCGGAGCAGAGACGGCGGGAGAAGUUAGAGAAUGAGAAAGAGUUGAAACGACUGCGUGAAUUGAUCAAACCUAUGGAUUUGUCUUUUUUUUUUUCGUUAUUAACAAUUUUUAUAGAAUUAUGUUAUUUUUUCAGGACAGAAUGCCACAUACAAGUGAAGUACCCAAAUGGAAGCACAGUUACUCUUCUUUUUGACUGCAAGGAACUUUUUUCAGCUUUAGUUGAUAGGAUCAGAGAGAGUCAAGAAAUUAUGUUGACUCAAAAUUACCCAAAGCGGGUUUUUGGAGAUGAGGAUUACACUCGAUCAUUUACAGAGCUUAGUUUAACCCCUUCAGCUACCAUUCUCGUUUUCCCGGUUAGUUAA